AUGAUUACAACAAGAGUAGCAUUAGCACGAUCAAUCUGGAAAGGGCCAAAUAUUGUGCCCCUUGAUAUAAAAGUUAUUCCAGGACAGAAAAUACCACCCAUCAAGACACAAGCUCGCUCUGCAACAAUACUGCCUGAUUUUAUCGGUCUCAUUUUCCAAGUCCACAAUGGUAAGAUUUACAAUGAUGUUGUAAUCACGGAAAAUAUGGUAGGGCACAAGCUUGGCGAGUUUUCUCCCACCAGGAAGCCAUUUACUUAUAAGCAGAGUAAAAAUAAGUAG